AUGGCUGCCAGACGAAUGUAUUUAAUGAACUUGAUGAGAAUUCCCAGAAGAAUGAUUAAAGACAGGACCAAUCCUCUUGAAGUUUUAUCGUCUGACGAGAUAUUCCAACGGUACCGCUUUAGAUCCGCCACCAUUUUAUUCAUAUGUGGGUUGAUAUCCGAGGAUCUCCGCCACCAAACACAGAUAAGUUGCCCCUUACUACCACUUCUCCAAGUUCUAGCGGCUUUGCGCUUUUAUGCGACUGGUUCCUUUUAUGAACUUAUAGGGGAUUCACUCUCAAUCUCCAAAUCGGCUGUCGGACGGGCAGUAAGAGCUGUUACCUCCCUUAUUUGUUCCUUGUCGGCACGAUAUAUUAAGUUCCCAUCCCAAGAUGAGAUACCGUCAAUACGAACACAGUUCUAUGAACUGGCAGGUGCCAGGACAGGUCUUGUUCUUGGAGACUCGGGUUACGGACUGAAAAAAUACCUCAUGGUUCCUUAUUGA